AUGCUUUCAAUAUCAACAUUGGGCCUGCAUCCGUCCGUUUUUCAGCUGCGACCCAAACUUACUUGCGCGUGGCCAUAGCCUUAUGUUGCUGCAAGUGAUCUGUCUUCCACCACGCUGACCACAACUUUACUCCAGCAGCAGCGUCAAUUGGGCCUGCACGUAGCAGCCCAAUUUAUUUCAGCACCACAUCCUUGUUGCAGCCAACACGACACGAGCCAAUUCAUAUGUCUGCCAGUGUUUCCAACAUACGGCCCAUACCUUCACGCGUCUUCCACAUCUCUCUCGUUGGGAGCAUGCCGUUAGGGUUCUGAACAGUGGCACAUCUUCACAUUUCAUCAUCAUGCAUCACGCGGGCCACAUAUCUGAGUCGUGUUUUCUCUUGAAACGUCGUUAGAUUCUUCGUUAGGGUCCUCCUUCAAUUGUGCCACCAAAGUCCGUAUCAACCCUUAGCUGCUAGGGUUCAAACCAUGAUAGGGUUUUCAUUCUUUCAUUCACGCUUUGCUUCCCUUCUCGCGUUAGGGUUAUGUUUGACGGCGUUCUUGUUUUGAUUUUUUCGGUUGCCUUCUUCUAUAAAGGGCAAACCAUUUCAUUGUAAAAUUCAGCUUUGAUGAAUGAGAAUUCUGGUAGAGAUCACUCCCACCGUUCAUCAGCUCACCCAAACCCUAGAUUAGGUUUUUACCUCUUAGGGUUUCUGAAACCAGUGAGAUUCGAGCCUAAACACCAUACACGAACCAAUCCGCUGCGUUUUCCCUCGUUUUCUGCGAGAUUGAAUUGGUAGAACACCGAUUGGGAGAGGUUUCCGGCGACUACCGCGACGGAGGAGCCUCAUCAAAUGGUAUUCAGAGCCACUCGAUUCUCGGUUGUCUUCGAAGCUAAGUAUUCGAGCACUCUCUCUACUGUUUUUUUCUCUUUAUAUGUUCGAUUUUGUCUUGUUCUAUAUUCGUUUGAGUCAUUUUUGUUUUUCUGGUGUUGAUCUUGUGCUCUGUGAUGUGUUUUCGUGCUGAAAUUGAUUCAUUACUAUUGUUCAGAUUGCCUUGAAUCAAUAACUGUGAUGUUGAAAUGUUUAGCUCUCUGAAUCUGCCGUUCAAUGCAUGUCCAUUAGGUUUGAUUUCAAUUUUUAUUACCUAGCUUUGAAUUUUAUAUUCUCGUGUUUUUGUCUUAGGUUUUGUUUAGUUGUUUUGUAUGUCAGUGAUUCCAUAGAUGUGUGCUUAAACUGUGUCACUAUUUCGAAUCUCAUUCAAUUUCUGUUUUGUUUUUUAAUCCUUCGUUUUUGUUAUUAAAAGUGUUCUAGAGUUCUGAGUUGGCUAAUAGAUCAUUAGCAACUAUCUGCAGUGCAUAUUGCCACUGAUUCAUGUUUUCUUCAAGCUAUUGUUGUCUUAAUGUUGAUUUCCAUGUGCUGUUUGAUUCUGUUCUUGCUCUGGAAAUUGAAAUUGUUGGCCAAGGAUUGCUCCUUCCUUAGCACAUAAUGAAUAUUCCAUCACACUUUAAUUUGAUUCGCAUCAGAAUUUAUGUGUGGACACUCUUGCUUUGGUUGGUGAUUGCAUAGGCUGUUUCAGUGCUCUUGUGAAAUAUGUUUUGUUGAAUCAGUGCCUGACCCGUUAGUUGCCUUUGAUGCAGUUUCCAAAUAUUUUCAGAGUAUAUGCUAGUUGCUUCUCGUUGUUGUUUCUUUGUCAAAGUUCAAUUUCUCUUCUGGAAACUUAUUUUGAUUAUUCCUUGUUCAUCAUUGCAUCUGCAUCUGUCGUGGGUUUGCUAUAUCACAAUUUUAUUGUUUGUCAUUAGCCUAGAUAUCAUGAUUCAACCAAUUUAAUUACUGUUCUUUGCUGUUGAGGUUGUUUCUCUUCUGAAUCAGGACUUUCAAUGUGCAUAGUUUGCUCAUAUUCAUAUUUGAUUGAGUCUUGCUCUGAUGGCAGUGUAGCAUGAUGGUAUUCUCAGUUGUGUUUAAGUGCUUUAUGAAAUAUGGUGCCUCAGCUUAUUCACUUGCUACAUUCAUCUGAUUUUUGUUUCAGCACUGCCAUGUAAUUUUUGAGUUCCAGUUUCUGUUUUCUCAGAUUACAAUCAUUAAAGUUGUUUCACCUUGCUGUUGGCUCCUUCAUUCUGUCACAGAAUCAAUUUCUGCACUGUUGUUCAGGUUCUGCUUUUGGUGCUUUGUAUAAGCCCUUUCAGUUGUUUUUUUUUUCGAAAGCCUCACUGAGUAGUUUCCUGUUCUGUGACAUUCACAUCAAUUGAGUGUUGAUAGUCUAUUCUGUGUUAACAUCUUUUACAUUCUAAAGUGUAUGCCAGUCAGCUGUGUUUGAUGCAAUCUUUUUGGUUUUGUUACUCCCAAUUCUAUUGAAUCAUAUCCAUAUUUUGGACAUAUUGCUUGGUCGUUGGAAUCUGAAUGGAAAUUGCAAUUGCUUUACUUGUGUGUCUGCUUAAUCACAUUUUCUUGUUUUUGUGGUUAGCCUAGUUGUCUGUCUUGAAUGUUGAUUCAUCUUUUCUUGAUUUGCAGUUUCUGUUUUCAUUGCUUCUGGCCAUUCCAAUUACUCCAAUGUUGUUCUUCUUUUUUCUUCUACUGUUUCGACGCAGCUUAUGUGCCUUAGUUCAGUUAUAUACACAUGUGAUACCUUUUCUGCAAAGUGCAGCUGUGGUGAGGACAAACAGUUUGAGUGGCCACCAAGAGGAAAAAGGAGUGAGUUGGGACUUCAAAGGAGUGCAUCACGAGAGAGUCAUAGGUGUGAGCUGGGAUAAAGUCCAACACUGAACCGAGAGGAACAAUAGCUAGCACACUGCAACAAGAAGCAUAGUUCUUUUAGCUUAUUUCUGUUUUGAUAUCAUGGACUUUUGGGUUGUAAAUUUUUUUUUCUUUCAGAUUUCAGUUUUCUCCUUUAUUUGGCUUAGGUGGGAAAAUGCUUUAGAGCAAUCCCAUCCUUAGCAUUUUUUUGUAAUAGUUUAAGCGUUUAGUGUGAGGUUCAAGGGGUUCCAAAGGCCACUUGAAUUUUCACUUAGGAUUUUCGUCUAGUUUAAGUUUUCGCCUUUAUGUUUUCUGUUUUAUGUUUUAAUGCCCAGGUUUUGUGUGUUUGCCAUUUCUGUUUUAGGUCCCCGUGAUAUCUAGGUGCCAUUUGUUUUACACCUAGUUGACCUUCUUUUAGUCUUUAAGUUUUCACUUUUUUCACACAUUUUGUCAAUUUGUUUUUCGCCAUCUGUUUCAUUUGUAUUUUUAUUGAGAAAUUCUGUGAAAGCAUUUUAGAGAUCUCUGGCUAGAAAAGGCUUGGUUCCUAAGCUUGUCCAUGUGACUCACCUCCCUUUCCUGGGAGUAUCUCUAGAAUUCUUUUCCACUACUUUCUCUUUAGAAAUUCAUCAACUUUGUGAAAAAUUGUUUUGUCAAAAGUGUUUCAAAAUGAGUUUUUCUUUUUCUAACCGUAUGCAUAUAGAUAGGCAUAAUAGUGUGCAUUUAGGUAGACAUAGUAGUCAUGAGUUGCAUCAUACCAUUCAUAGUGACAUUCCAUUCUUUGGGGAAGAUAUAGGACCAAUAUCAUUUAAAGAUUGGAUGUGGGAUACUGAAAAAUUGGUGCAACCUUUGUUUAGUAAAUAUAGUCAUAUAGAUAUUCUUAGGCAUGUUACAUCUAGAUUUGUAGGACGUGCAUUAGAUUGGUGGCAAGAGAGGCAAUAUCUAGUGAAAAAGGGGAGAACAUCAUACAUCAAUACAUUUUAUGAAUUAAAAACAUGCAUGUGGAAACAUUUCAUACCCCCUUCAUUUAGGAUCACUAAAGCACAACAAGUUAGGAUAGAAGACUUUAUUGACAUUCGGGAUGCAUUCAUCCAAAACAUUGAUAAGUUUUCUAGACUAGAAAAAGAUUUCAAGCACAAUUUAGACUUGCUCUUGAGUGAACAAAGAAAGAGAGAAAAAUAUAAGAGAGAGCAAGCUAAACAUCAAAAGCUUCAAGAAUUUGAAAAGAGAGAAAACGAAGCAUUAGAGAAGCUUUGUGCUAAAAGAGAACAAGAGAAAAGAGAGAUAAAUGAGAAGAAAAAAAGAGAGGAAGAAGAAAAGGCUAAAGAAGAGAGUCUAAGAAAAGCAAAAGAAGAGAAUGAAAGAAAAGAACUAGAGGAAAGAGAGAAAAUAAAACAAGAGAGUAAUCUUGAAAUACAAUCACAAGUGGUAGAGUUAAAGUGCAUUUCGAAAGAGCAAAAAGAACUCUAUGUUAGGGAUUUGGUGAUCAAUUCUUCACCAAUUCCUUACAUGAAGAUUCCAUUUUCAAAGGGAGUUUUCCCAUCUUUAAACUCUACUCACUUUUUCAUUAAAUCUUUUGUUUUCUUUUCUUUUCAAAAUUUUUGUUCUUCAUCUCCUUUUCUUAUUUCAUCCUCCUCAAUUUGUUUUGCCAAAACACACUUUGACAUUAAAAUUCUUUUCAAAAAUUAUCUUAGUCAAAGUGUAAAAGAUUCCUUUUGUGAAAUGGGCUUAAUAACAUCUUUUGCAAUCUUCAAAAGCCCAUUUUCACAAAUUUUCCAUCCAAUUUUACUGCUUGGUCUUUAUGAUUUUAAUUCAAUUUUAUUUGAUGACUAUUGCAUAUUUGUUUUUGAUCCUGGUGGUACUAUUAUUUUGGUUGCUGUGAGCCUUUAAUAACCCUCUAGAUCUGAGGACAGAUCCUCUUCAAGGGGGAGGGGAUGAUGUGACCUCAAUAAGGCUUAUAGCAUUGGGCCAACCCCUAGGCCUAUUAUUUUUAAUUUCUUAUAAUUUCUUUUAUUUUAUUUAAAUAAAGUUUGUCUAAUUGGGUUAUUUUGUUAAAUGCAGCCUUUAAAAUCUGUCGAGAUUGAGCCUUGAUGUGUUGCAGGCCAGCCAUGAUUAUUCACGCAUGAUUCAGCUUUUAAAGUGACAUUGGGCUUAAGCCCAAUCUGCAUUACUUCUCAAAUCAAUUCUUUCAAUAUCAACAUUGGGCCUGCAUCCGUCCGUUUUUUAGCUGCGACCCAAACUUACUUGCGCGUGGCCAUAGCCUUAUGUUGCUGCAAGUGAUCCGUCCUCCACCACGCUGACCACAACUUUACUCCAACAGCAGCGUCAAUUGGGCCUGCACGUAGCAGCCCAAUUUAUUUCAGCACCACAUCCUUGUUGCAACCAACACGACACGAGCCAAUUCAUAUGCCUGCCAGUGUUUCCAACAUACGGCCCAUACCUUCACACGUCUUCCACAUCUCACUCGUUGGGAGCAUGCCGUUAGGGUUCUGAACAGUGGCACAUCUUCACAUUUCAUCAUCAUGCAUCACGCGGGCCACAUAUCUGAGUCGUGUUUUCUCUUGAAGCGUCGUUAGAUUCUUCGUUAGGGUCCUCCUUCAAUUGUGCCACCAAAGUCCGUAUCAACCCUUAGCUGCUAGGGUUCAAACCAUGAUAGGGUUUUCAUUCUUUCAUUCACGCUUUGCUUCCCUUCUCGCCGUUAGGGUUAUGUUUGACGGCGUUCUUGUUUUGAUUUUUUCGGUUGCCUUCUUUUAUAAAGGGCAAACCAUUUCAUUGUAAAAUUCAGCUUUGAUGAAUGAGAAUUCCGGUAGAGAUCA